UAUGCGACAUACGCACUGAUGUUAUGUAACACAAAUGUGCAUCGAUAAAGUGUGCAAACAACCUAUUAAUCAAGCAAUGAUAAUAUAAGUGUUUAUAUAAUGCAAAAGUCGCACUGCCGGAAAAGAGCACCGUACUAAAAUUAUCUGCUUAAUCUGAUGAAUACGUAAUACUGUUGUCGAAUACGUUGUUUCACAUUUUUUAUAAAUGGAUCAUUCAAUCAUCAAAUGUUCAAAAAUCAAUUACACGUUAUCCUUCUUAUCCUAAUAUUAUUCAUCCUAAUAAUGAUUAUUGAGUACCGUGCGAGCAUAACCUCAAUUAAGCAAACACGUUAAUUUUGGUUACUUUUGCAGACGUGGUUGAUACCCUUUUUAUUUAGAUUUUUAUAUAAUUGUCAGUUGUUAGGUUGCAUUUGCUUAAGUGAACUACAGUGAAAGCUGGAUGUGACCAAAGACAUAUUGUACAUCUUUGAUUUUGCUUUUUCUGAGCUGUUUUAUUGCUUCUCAGUUCCUUGGAAGGCAGUUACCCAGUACUUGUGCGAAUGGAAAAGGCACUACAGUGUAAAGUCUCACACAGUGGAUGCGAAAAAAGCAGUUGGUAUUCGUAGUCUUGGACAACAACAGCUAUUGCUCUAAGGAUCGGCGUGAUAAAAAUGUUGCACGUCGCUGGUACGCUGGGCUUCGUCGGUGCGCUCUUUCUAGUCGCACUGAUCAUUACAGGUAGCAAGGAUGCUGCGGAAGAGUUUGAAGAUUUACCCCCUGAGGAAGCGAGACGACGGCUUAGGGGUAUAGCAAAACGUAUGGAUAGUAACCAAGAUGGCUAUGUUGAAAAGGCAGAACUUUCCAAAUGGAUUCUCAGUUCCUUCGACAUGUUGACACGCGAGGAAUCGCUUGAACGUUUCGAAGAUGAAGAUCGAAAUAAAGAUGGCAAGGUCUCCUGGGAGGAACAUUUUGCUGAAAAUUUCGGUGAAGGCAGUAUUCUCCAUGAGCAUCAUGAGGAGGACGUACCGCGAAUGCUCGAAGAGGACCGGGAAUUGUUUGCUUUAGCUGACGACGAUCGUGACGGACUUUUAAGUAAAGAAGAGUUUCCUGCAUUUUCACAUCCACAUGAGUUCUCGAAAAUGCAUAUGCUACUCGUAAAUCACACAAUGCGAAGAAAAGAUACCAACAAAGAUGGAAAACUAACCCUGGAGGAAUACCUUAAAGAGGAUAGUGGGCGGGAGAUGUCUGAAGAGGUUCGGGUAACAGAAAAAGAUCGAUUUGAGCUCGAUCUCGACCGAAACCGAGAUGGAAACCUCGAUCUUUCUGAAGUGAAGCACUGGAUUAUUCCUGAUAACAAUGACAUUGCUGAUCAAGAAGUGGAGCAUUUAAUGGAGAAUAGUGACAGUGACAAGGAUGGCAGGCUCUCGAUCCAAGAAAUUAUCGAUCACCACGAGAUCUUCGUCGGCUCAGAAGCAACUGAUUAUGGAGAGCAUUUGCACAAGUUCAAGGAUGAGCUGUAGACACUUGAAAUGCUCCUGAUAAUUUGCCCGAUUACUCUUCUUAUCGCCUUAAAUGCAGCAACAGCAGCAAAACUAAUAAUGAAACUGCUGGAGAGGAUCUGUAAAAUUAAAAUAGCAGGCGAAGACCAGGCAAGGUUCUGCCGGCUAAAGACGAAAAGUGCACUUUACUGUCCUAAUAACCUUGACAACAAAGAUAACACGGAUUGCCAGUUUUAAUAUGAUAGCAGCGGACACUUGCGGACCAAGAAUUGAACGAGUGGUUUUUCGUUUAUUUAUAAGCGAGUCCCAUAUCACCGUAAAGCAUUAUUUUUCGAUGCUUUUAGUCACCAGCACUACUUUGGACAAAAAGGAACGUGAAUGCAUGAUUUUACUGGGGAUUGUACAUAGGCUUCUUUAUAUUAACGAAUAUUUGCCCUGAUUGUGAUGCGUGUUAAUGACCGUUAUUUGAUAUGAUCAAAUUUAAGCCAAAGGUUGUAGCUUGUCCCAUAACAACGCGUGUACGUGUUCCUCGUACCAGGGCAGACAUUUGCUCGAAAUUGUGAGCUCUUUACGAUAGUUUUCUUUUUAUAAGACACUAUUGAGGUUCCCGUACCUUCUUAUUUUUCAAGACAUCAUUAUAAACUGUCUCUCCCUAGCAAUUUACUUGUGUGUAACAUGAAAAAAUAGAAUUAUGAAAUCUUAAAAGCAAUCUCAUAUUGACUGCGUCCAUCUAACCCGUUGCAUGUGUUGAUCAUUUAUUGGAAUACGCGGAUUCUAUAUUUUGAUAAUUAAGGAUGGAUACGAAAUUUAGUUAAACAGCAACAUAGCCAGCGUCCACAGAUGGCCGCCACUGACCGAGAAAGAAUUUAGAAGUCCUCGUAAAUAUCAAUGUGAAAUUUUAUGUAAAUAUACUAUGGAAUGAUAUAAAUAUAGUAAAAUUACCAAAUGUGUAUUUUUGUUCUAUUUCACUUAUCUUUGUUAUAAUGAAAUGUAAGAAUAAUUAUUUUCAAAGCGACAGCUAUAUAAUCUACUAAGGUCCGCUUUUAACGGCCAUCAAUGACCAUUAUUAGUUACAAACCAUCGUCUGUAAUCUCAUAAUAUCUUAAGCUCACCAAGCUCAUCAGAAGGUCUUUAUUUUAAACAGCGUCGGAAGAUGAGACAACAAAAUAUCAAACACCAUUUAACAUUGUUAGUUGCAUAGUUCGACUGAAAGUUGGUGAAAGAUGAAGACCAAAGAAGAUAAUCGAAACCGUCUAAUUUGGUUUGUCAUUUAUAUUUACAGUCAAUUCGAAUUAGAAUUUGCGAUGAGUGCGACUUGCGGUAUGUUUAGCGGCGCCUAACUCUCAUAGCAAAUACAACAUACUGUGGAUCUGGUUGCUCUUCCUGGCUUAACUACAGUGUACUAGCUACGUCUAGUGCAUUGUUUGUCUGAGGUACAUUUUCGACGAAAAUUAAUGAUUAGCUAUUAGGUAUAAAGUAGGCACUAAAGUGUUGUGGAAGUAGAUGCUGCAACAACCCUUGUAAGAUAACAUUUAUUUAAUCUAGUAUUUUCUGUCGUUUUCCUAUUAAAUCAGGGAUGGAGCUGCACAACGCUUCUUGGUCGAUAAUAAUAAUAAUGAUUGUAUAGCAACCAAAUGGAUGAAAUUUCUGCACAGCACUAUCUGCGUGUGCGUUUUCGUCCUGGCUGGUUUCAACAAUUCGACCUGCUUUGGCCGGAGUUCAUAGAGUACAUAGAGGCGGUUAAGCUAUUUUUGUAUACCAUGGAUUGCUAACUCUAUGCUUUGCCGAGGUUCUUCGCAGGUGAUAAAGGUUUCACAGCAGAUAUGAAAAGGGACACAAAUGUUCCAAAUUAUACGAGGGCUCUUAAAACCAUCAGCAGGUGGCAUAUUACGGAUGCUGGAGUUGCUUUUGCUAGGUUGCCAGUGCAAAGCGAACGCAUUGUCUAUCGUCCAAGCAAACUUUGGAGUUAUACAGUCAAUAUUCUCUGAUCGAUAAGAAUAUGGCCUCGUUUAGCCGGUGACAGGGGCUCUUCAGUAUCGUCGUCGCGUACAUUUUGUACUACUAGAAGCGAGCACCGAUGGUGAGAUAAGUGUGUAAGCUCAGGCAACUGUUAGCUGCCUUAGAUCGCAAAAACCUAUUGCCAGGACUUAACUAAGAUCCUUCAAUGACAAUCCUAGGGUGUAGCAUCAAUUUUUCUGCUGAAACUUACAGAUAAAACGCAUGGUACUUAGCUAAGGUCAUUACUUCAUCUUUUAUAUUUUACGAACUUGAUGCCUUGUAAUAUAAAGGUGUUAAAUUCGUAAAAUAUACUUCUCAAUUUUAGUCGAUGUUUUAAUUUAGCGCCUUAUAAAUAUUGUGCAACAUUGUUAGUCUUUAUUUUUAUCGUAAUUAGAGGCUGAUUGAGGAUCUUUCGUUAGAAUAAUUUACAACGCGUCAAUCAUGGCAUUCGUUUUGCUUAAUGGGACAACGGAUCGUAGAAUUAUUCUGUAAUCGAAUCGAUGAAAUAUUGAAAGUAUCAUGUUUGCAUUGAUACGAGCCUCGUGUUGUUCUUAUAAGUACUAGUACGAUACCUAACAUACUUGUCUGUGAAGUUUUGCAGCUCUCGGAACUUUGGAGGUUUGGUCGAUGUUGAAAAUCCAGUUAAUGCAGUUCAGAGCGACUGCAAGCAUCAAGCAAGUUAGUUACUAAAUCGUUACGAUUGAUGGGUGACUCCUUUAGUGACUUAAUUUACUCGAAGGGAAGUGGCUAAUUAAAACUGUUAGAAACGUCCAUAAAUGCUUAAUAAUUCUUUAGAUUUAACUUAGCCCAGUACUUAAUGCUGAUGAUGAUAUCUUCUUUUUUGCCUAUUUCUUCCCUUAUAAUUGUAUGAGAUUUGAUUUGGCAUUAUGAAACUGCUUGUAAAUGUAAUCCUUCUGCUCUUACUGAAGAAUUUUUUCGUCACUUAGCGCGUUGUUGUUUAACUUUAAAAUGGCACAUUGCAUAAACACCAAUCCAAGCCGUUUGCUUCAAUAAUUUUUCUGAACUAGACGACGUGGCGACUAAAACUAAAUAUCAGUUAAUCUAAUU